ACCAAUAGGCAGAUAAGAUGAGCGAUUCGAAUAUAUGUUUCACAUAUGGCGAGGGCAUCGAAUACGCGUUGGAGAAACUCUCAAUUCCCAGUGAUAGGCGAAGCAGUUUCAACCACGAUGCGCAGAUCAUUAAAAAUGCAUUUAUCGAGGCGAUGGCCGACUCCGAUCCCAUUUUCCGUAAAGCAUUCCGUGGAAUGAGCUUCGCUCGCAGCUAUAUGGAUGGCAUUAAGAUCGACCUGCCCGAAGAGUUCGAUAUGUUUGUGGUUAUCCGUUUAUCCUGCUGUGCACUCAAACCCAUCCUUGUGCCAAAUCGUACAGGCUUCAUUUUCUUGAGCGCCAGCGGCUCGCUUCAUCCCUGUGUUCGCCAAUUCGGCAACGAAGGCAGAUUUGUUAGUCGCCUGGCGAUGCGGUCUUGGUUGUUUCGCCACAUCACCGCAGUUAUGCCCCGAUUACAGCGUAUACGCUGCAGCCGCCGUCACAUCUAUGACUUGGAAUAUACCUCACAUGACAAUGGCGUCGGGCACACCCUGCUGGCCAUCGAUCAUAACGAUACUCGUCGCCGGAUCAGUUUCGAUUUUGUGCCCGUCUUUGAGUUCCAGGCGUCGCAGUGGAUCCCAGGCUUGAAGAUACCAAAGAAUUCCGAACGGAAUUGGAUUGCAGUGCCACGCAAGUACUUCAAGGAACAUUCGGACGAGCAGGAUGAGCGAUCCUUUAUGUUGGUCGUCCCGAGCUGGGAACAGCUGGUGCUGCACAAGAAACAGAAUCUGAAGGACUCAUUGCGCCUGAUGCUGGCACUUCGCGAUGCACAGGAAAUGGGGGCCCUGGUCAUCUAUUUCCUCAAGAUCAUCUACCUAUACAAGGUGCAGGGAAAUUCUAUUAAUUGGAAUCAAGCACCUGGUCGCAUCCUCAUACGGAUGCUGGUGAUACUGCAGCACAGCCUGGUUGGAAAACGAUUGCCCAUUUUCCCCAAUCAUUUCGAGAAAAUCAGCGAGGAAACCAGACGCGAUUAUAUUAGGAUCAUCAAUCGGAUGCUGAGGCAGUUAAUUCGAUGCCGUAAUGCCGAUUGUUUAACGGAUGACGAUCUAUUUGAUAUAUUUGGUGUUUAGCUUAACAGUUAGUGAAACACAAUUUCUGGAUUCUGUUACAUUUUG